GACACUGCCCUUGCAGCAUGGCCGCCGGCGCUGCAGCCGCCUUAGCGGUCUUGAGCCAGGAGAGCCGUGUCCGAGCCGGGGGCGUCGGAGGUCUCCGGGUCCCGGCCCCAGUCACUAUGGACAGUUUUUUCUUCGGCUGUGAGCUCUCCGGGCACACGCGCUCCUUCACCUUCACGGUAGAGGAAGAGGAUGAUGCAGAGCACGUGCUGGCAUUGACCAUGCUCUGCCUCACCGAGGGGGCCAAGGACGAGUGUAAUGUGGUGGAGGUUGUGGCCCAGAACCACGACCACCAGGAGAUUGCUGUCCCUGUGGCCAACCUCAGGUUGUCCUGUCAACCCAUGCUCAGCUUGGAUGACUUCCAGCUCCAGCCACCUGUAACCUUCCGCCUGAAGUCAGGCUCGGGCCCUGUGCGGAUCACUGGGCGACACCAGAUUGUCACCAUAAGCAAUGAUAUCUCUGAGGAAGAGGAGAGCGAUGAAGAGGAGAGUGAAGAGGAUGAAGCUGAGUUGUGCCCCAUCCUGCCUGCCAAAAAGCAGAGGGGCAGGCCCUAGCGCUUGCCGGUCAGCCAGCUGCCCGCGGUAUGCACCAUGCCCCAUGUUCCUGGACAAGUUUCAAGAAUUUCAGAAGUUUCUUCGCCAUUGAAGAGCAGACUUUGGGGCUCGGCUUGGGGGGAAGGAUCUGGCCAGAGCUAGGAGGGAAAGGGCCGGUUCUCCCCAGGACCCCGAUGUUCCGGAACUGCCCCCAGCCUGGCACUGCCCUUUUCUGUAGGGGUGGGAGGAGUUCUGAUCUCUUGUCCUGACCUUCUCAGCUCCCCUCCCUCUGAGUAUCCGAGGUCAGUGUAUGAAGCUUAGAAGGAUACAUUUUUAACACUUUUUACAUUUUUGGGUAAAGGUUGAAAUAAAGUGGCCAGAGGUUUUUUGCAA